GGAGAUCUCUCACGGCGACGGUGGGAGGAAUAGGAGGUAAACUCCGGGCCGCAGAGCCUACCGAGGAAGAAAAAGGCAGCUACGGACACGCGAGGCUGGAGUCUGGCCCGAGAGUAGGGAGGAGCGUGUGCGCGACUCUGAAGAUAAGAGACCGUGGGAUGGGAUCACUGUAACCCACCUGGACCAAUGUAACCGGAGUCUGAUGAGCAACACCGCCCACUGGGUCCGUGCGGGCAUUUCUUCCGCUGCGACUGCAGCCGCGAGACAAGCCGCGCGCGCGCGGUGGACUACUUCUCGCUGUGUGUCACUUUUCUUGCGCCGCGUAUUUUAGCACGUAGACAGGACACCGACGCUUCAGGAAAGGCGGGACCAAACCGGUGGGCUCUCGAGCUGGAUUAGUGAGGUCUGCGUUUGUCCCCCACCCCGCAGCUAAAAGCGCCGCUGCUCCCGCUCGCGGUGUCUUCGGUGAGGGGGCGGAUGGGUCGUGGGGUCGACGAAGGAGGCAGCUGCUGAGCAGAGACCAUCGCUCCGCAACCCGCCCCCCCGCAGCUGUCCACGCGAGGGGCGUUCGGCAGAGAUAUUCUGACGCUCGUGGCCUUCCACUCAGGAACAUAAUCCGUUUUGGGACAUAUAUUUCAGGGGGAGACCUUUUCUCCCCAGCCGGACUCGGACCAUGGCGGACGACGACAUUCUCUUUGAAGAUGUGUACGAGCUCUGCGAGGUCAUCGGCAAGGGUCCCUUCAGUGUGGUGAGAAGAUGCAUCAACAGAGAGACGGGUCAGCAGUUUGCUGUCAAGAUCGUGGAUGUUGCUCAGUUCACAUCCAGCCCUGGACUCAGCACAGAAGAUCUGAAGAGGGAGGCCAGCAUCUGCCACAUGCUGAAGCACUCUCACAUCGUGGAGCUACUGGAGACCUACAGCUCAGAUGGGAUGCUCUACAUGGUGUUUGAAUUCAUGGAUGGAGCCGACCUGUGCUUCGAAAUCGUGAAGAGGGCAGAUGCCGGCUUUGUCUACAGUGAAGCAGUGGCCAGUCACUACAUGAGACAGAUCCUGGAGGCGUUGCGCUACUGCCACGACAACAACAUCAUCCACCGAGACGUCAAGCCCCACUGUGUGCUGCUGGCAUCCAAAGAGAACUCCGCCCCCGUCAAGCUCGGAGGGUUCGGCGUGGCGAUCCAGCUUGGAGAGUCCGGAUUAGUGGCAGGAGGUCGUGUGGGAACUCCUCACUUUAUGGCUCCUGAGGUGGUGAAGAGGGAGCCGUAUGGCAAACCGGUGGACGUUUGGGGCUGCGGAGUCAUCCUCUUCAUCCUUCUGUCAGGCUGUCUGCCUUUUUACGGCACCAAAGAGCGACUGUUCGACUCCAUCUGCAAAGGCAAAUACAAGCAGAUGAAUCCCCGACAGUGGAACCAGAUCUCGGAGAGCGCCAAAGACCUGGUGAGGCGCAUGUUGAUGCUGGACCCAGCUGAGCGGAUCACCGUGUACGAGGCGCUGAACCACCCCUGGCUGAAGGAGAGGGACCGCUACGCCUACAAAAUCCACCUGCCGGAGACUGUGGAGCAGCUGAGGAAGUUCAACGCCAGGCGGAAGCUCAAGGGGGCUGUGCUGGCCGCAGUGUCCAGCCACAAGUUUAACUCCUUCUAUGGAGAUCCUCCAGAGGAGCUCCACGACUUCUCGGAGGACCCCUCCUCUUCAGGACUUCUAGCAGCAGAACGUGCCGUGUCUCAGGUGUUGGACAGUUUAGAGGAGAUCCACGCGCUGACUGACUGCAGCGAGAAGGAUCUGGACUUUCUGCACAGCGUUUUCCAGGACCAGCAUCUGCACACUCUGCUGGAUCUCUACGACAAGAUCAACACCAAGUCCUCCCCGCAGAUCCGAACCCCUCCCAGCGAUGCAGUACAAAGAGCCAAAGAGAAUUCCUUCCGAGAUGGAGCGAGUGACGCUUUGAUGCAUCUGGAAUGUGUGCUGGAAGAGAUCUCCUGCUACCCAGAGAACCACGAAGCUAAGGAGCUCAGGCGGAUUUUGACCCAGCCGCACUUCAUGGCCUUGCUGCAAGCCCAUGACGUGGUCGCCCACGAGGUUUACAGUGAUGAAGCCCUACGAGUGACCCCCCCACCUGCCUCGCCCUACCUGAAUGGAGACUCUCCGGAGAGCGCCAAUGGAGACCUGGACCUGGAAAACGUCACCAGAGUCCGCCUGGUCCAGUUUCAGAAAAACACAGAUGAGCCCAUGGGAAUCACUCUGAAGUUGAACGAGUUGAACCACUGCAUUGUGGCGAGGAUAAUGUACGGUGGAAUGAUACACAGGCAAGGAACGCUGCACGUCGGAGAUGAGAUCAGGGAAAUCAACGGCAUCAGUGUGUUCAACCAGACUGUGGAGCAGCUGCAGAAGAUGCUGAGGGAGAUGCGAGGCAGCAUCACGUUCAAAAUAGUACCAAGUUACCAAAUGCACGGCUCUUCAUGUGAGAAAGAGUCCCCCACCACAUCCAGGCAGUCCCCUGCCAAUGGCCAUUCCAGCAUUAACAGUUCUAUCUUGGACCUGCCUUCCACCAUCCAGCCCCAUGGUCGACAGAUUGUAUCCAGAACUCCAAUCAAGGACAAAAUGUCAGUUAAGAUCUACGUGAGAGCCCAGUUCGAGUAUGACCCCUCCAAGGAUGAACUCAUCCCCUGCAAGGAGGCGGGCGUUCGUUUUCGCGUGGGGGACAUCAUCCAGAUCAUCUCCAAGGACGACCACAACUGGUGGCAGGGAAAGCUGGAAAACACCAAGAACGGCACGGCGGGCCUCAUCCCGUCGCCAGAGCUGCAAGAAUGGCGAGUGGCCUGCAUGGCCAUGGAGAAGACCAAGCAGGAGCAGCAAGCCAGCUGCACCUGGUUUGGCAAGAAGAAGAAGCAGUACAAGGACAAGUAUUUGGCAAAGCACAAUGCAGUUUUUGAUCAAUUAGAUCUGGUGACAUACGAGGAGGUGGUGAAGCUUCCCGCCUUCAAGAGGAAAACUCUGGUUCUGUUGGGCGCUCAUGGAGUGGGCAGAAGACACAUCAAGAACACGCUCAUCACCAAACACCCCGACAGAUUUGCGUACCCCAUUCCACACACCACCAGACUUCCAAAGAAAGACGAGGAGAACGGGAAGAACUACUACUUUGUUUCCCACGACCAGAUGAUGCUGGACAUCAGCAACAACGAGUACCUGGAGUACGGCAGCCAUGAAGACGCCAUGUACGGGACGCGGCUGGAGACCAUCAGGAAGAUUAACCAGCAGGGGCUGGUUGCCAUCCUGGAUGUGGAGCCCCAGGCCCUGAAGGUCCUGCGGACAGCAGAGUUUGCCCCCUAUGUGGUUUUUAUUGCAGCCCCCACCAUCACACCAGGCAUCAGCGAGGACGAGUCACUGCAGCGGCUGCAGAAGGAGUCUGAGAUCCUGCAGAAGACCUACGCUCACUGCUUUGACAUGACCAUCAUCAACAACGAGAUCGACGAGACCAUCAGACACCUGGAGGAGGCCAUGGACGCGGUGAGCACCACCAGCCAGUGGGUCCCCGUGUCCUGGGUCUACUGACCUCCUCCACCUCCUGCUCCAGGUCUCUGCGCCUCCAGCUUUCCUCCUGCAGCAGCACUGAGACAAAACUCUGGUCAUUCUCCCAGCAAAAAAAAGAAUCAUGAGAUUGAAGAUCCUCCGUGAAGCCCUCCAGAACUCCGAGCACACGUCCCGCUCAGACCCAGCUCAGAACUGGCCCGACCCGGUUGAGAUCUUGUAAAAAAAAAAAAAAAAAAAAGAUAAAAGGAAAACCGAGAAAACAAACCGUGAUUGUUGUCCUGUCUGUUCUAGCUAGGAGGUGACAUUUUUCAUCAGUUGGUUUUAAAGAGGCAGUACCGUGCCCCCUCCCUGUCAUUGCUGUAGCUAACCGAGGAAAAAGCACACAAGCACCCGGCCGACGCCUCCCAUUGGUGGGCGAGGUGGUCGGCUCCUCGCCGCCCCUCUGUUGGUUCUGUGCGGAGCUGCUUUCCUCCCAUCGCUCCUGUUUGUGUCCUCCCCCCUCCCACGGACUGUUUCUCCUAAAUGAAGCCCUCCGUGUUUUAGAGGUUUGAAUGAGGUCGUCAUGCAUGUGGAGUCGGUGUUCCCCGUGUCCCUCUGUGACAUGACAGGAAAAAAAGAAACAAACAAAAAAGCAAACAUUCCUGCCGUUUGGAAGACACAAACUAACUAACAGUGAUGGAUCUGGACCUUGACUCAACGCCUAUGCACAUCCCUCCAGUCUGAGUGACGUUUCUAAACCUGAUUUAUAGGAAGAACAGAAGGAUGUGUGUCCGAUGUGUUUGUAAGGAAACAUUCUAAUAAAGUCUUGAUUUUUUUUCUUCUUUUUUG